ACCUGGCAGCGCCCGGCAGGAGGAGCAGUGUUGCCAUCUCGCCGCCGAGCGCCUCAGAGGCCGCCGAGAUCUCGCGGUGGGAAUACGCUUCGCUCCGCCACAGUCCCGAGGAAAUACCUUUCGUCCUUCCCGAAAUGGCCGUCGCAGGACCCCGCACGCUCAACCUCGUCAGGCAAAACCAGGCCUCGAUCCAGCAUGUCUGCUCGAGGGCAAGUUCUUGGUGGUCUGGGGUGGAGAUGGGACCCCCAGAUGCCAUCUUGGGUGUUACCGAGGCAUUCAAGCGUGACACGAACCCCAAGAAGAUGAAUCUUGGCGUUGGUGCCUACCGCGAUGAUAACGGCAAGCCUUUCGUCCUCCCGUCUGUGAGGAAGGCUGAGGAGCUAAUUGUGAGCCAAAAGUUAGACAAGGAGUACUUGCCCAUCUCUGGCAGUGCCGAGUUCUGCAAGCAUGCUAUUACCUUGGCUCUUGGGAGUGACAGCCCAGUUAUUGCCGAUGGACUGAAUGUAACAGUUCAGGGUAUUUCUGGUACUGGUGCUCUCCGUAUUGGCUCCACCUUCCUCUCGAAGUUCUUCCCAGGUGCAAAGGUGAGAGAGCUGGUGCAUUUACAAUCGUAUGCAACGACAAAGAUGAAGCUGCCCGUGUUCUGUCACAGGUGAAGAUCUUGAUCCGACCCCUUUAUUCCAACCCACCUCUCCAUGGCGCUCGCAUUGUGUCCACCAUUCUUAGUAAUCCAGAACUGAACUCUAUUUGGCUGAAGGAUGUCAAGGGUAUGGCUGACAGGAUCAUUAACAUGCGUACCAAGUUGAAGGAAAACCUGGCCAAGGAAGGGUCCAUCAGAGACUGGAGUCACAUCACUGACCAAAUUGGCAUGUUCUGCUUCACUGGCAUGACCCCAGACCAGGUUGAGAAGCUGACCAAGGAGUUUUCUGUGUACCUGACAAAGGAUGGACGUAUCUCAGUUGCUGGUAUUGCUUCCAGUAAUGUUGAAUACUUGGCUCAUGCAAUGCACCAUGCCACCAAAUAAAUAUAAAAGUUCUCAGAUUUAGAUCUAUUUAUUGGGAGUGUGAAAUGGGACUUUUUUACAAUUAAAUAUCACUGAAAUGGUUUAGAAUACAGCCAAUGUUAGGACAUACACACUAUAAACUUUACAAGGUUAUUUCUUGUGCUUAACAUUGCUGUUAUCAUGAUUUUAAAAAGUGCACUGCUUUUCUUAAAAUUUAAAAGAUUUGCUGCAGUGUUUAUUGAUAAUCAGUCAUGAUGAAAAUUUGUUCAUAUGGUAAACAAAGCAGGCAAAAGAUAGUUACCUCCCCCUUUCUGUACAUUUCUGUAGAUAAGUCAACACCCUACAAAGUUAUUUUAAAUUGAACCCAGUGAAAUAAAAGACGACCACGUUUGCUUUAUUUGAAGAUGUAAUUCAUUCUGAUAUUAUUUAAAACCAAUUAUUUUGGUGUAUAUACAUCCUGUGUCCCUGCAUUGCAGGUACUAUUCCAUGUACAGGUACUAUUCCAUGUACACAAUAAACAGUAUAAUAUUU